UCCUUGAAAAUAGAUUAAAGUAUGACCUCGCAUGCUUUGGUUCCGGAACUGUACUAAUGGAUAUAGAGAAAACAAACUGUAUUUCUUUAGAAAUAACAAAACCGGAAAAACGGAGUCGCCUGAGGACAAGUACUACUACUACCAGGAAGUUGCCUGUGACCUUAGCAAAACGGUCUGUUUGUUCGAUCACGCGCUUUUACUAACACCCGAAACACCAGAAAUCCUUCACCAAACACUAGCGAAUUUCGAUUGUCCGAACACACCUCGUGGUUAUUACAAAAUUAACAAAACAAAACACGCUCGUAACAAUAAGAAGACCAUCCCUAGACGGGGAUUUUCAUUAAAUCGGCGAUGGGUGUUGAUUUUUUAAAGCCAUUAUUGCGGCAUACGUUAAAAACGGUGGGGAGUUAGCGAUGACGUAAGUGCACUUACCACUCCUCUCCCCCUCCCGUAAUGUUUCUCGUUUCUGACCCGAUAAUCACCCUUUGGCAGUAAAGCUCUACAGUCAUUUUAACCCUGAAUAGUCGAAAGAGGUGAACCGCUAUCGACAGUUUCUUUUGCUGUGUUGUGGCUAUGCGAGCAUGUUGCGUUUGAUCGUGUUCGUCAGCCUCUUGGCUAUGGUUCGUCCCAGUGCCAUCCCCAUUUGGGAACUCCUCACUUAUGAUGAAAAGGUGACAGAAUUACUCAAGAUAUUCUCAAAUCUUCUCCAGCAACACUGUAAAAAUUCUUAUGUUGCAGGAUGUAAACAAAUACUUUCAAACCAUGGAGUGGCUAAUCUUCUAAGUUUUGAUGAGGACACAUUGAAUUUGCUAGACCCUUAUCAACGAAACAGCAAGAAUAUAAUUUGGAAUGCAGUUCUACAACCACACCAAUUCCACCACCACUCCAAGCCAUUACAUUCAAGUGAAUCUCAAACCAAUUACCAGCAAUUGGAUAACCAUAAUUAUUCUCCUUACUACGAAAUUUAAAGAACCAAGCUGAACUUCAUUACCGCAAAUUCUACAAUUAAUAUUUGUAAUAUAUGUGUAAUGUGUAUAUUUACUUGUACUUACGUAAGUCUUACGUAUACGCAUUGUGUCUUAAUUUAAAAUUUGUAAAUAAAUUUUUU